UUUGGGUGCAGAUGAAAUUGUUGCGGUGUAUUUUAUUUUUGCAAACAAAACAAUGAUUUAGUACGAUUUUCUCACGUGAUUUCUGUGAAUUAGCAGCUAAACACAGUUAUAAAAUGUGGAUUCCAUCCAAAUCUCCAAAAUUAGCUGUCGCCGUAUAUAACUGGAAAGGAGAUGUUCGUUCUGGACUGCCACUGGAAAUUGGAGAAACUAUUCAGAUUUUGGAGGAAAAUGGAGGUUGGUUCCGUGGCUUCAGUACCAAGAACAGAUCAGCAUGGGGCAUAUUCCCCGCAUGUGUCGUCUCCAUACGACCCUGCACAGUCAAGGGAAGCGGUGCUGCCGCUAUCGCUGAAAUAAAAGACGACCCACUGGUCCGCGAGAUAGCAUGCGUUCUCAGAGAAUGGGCCAGACUAUGGAAGAAACUAUAUGUGGAGCGGGAGACAUACCGGUUCAGUGCAGUUGCCAAGGUGAUGCGAGAACUGCUAGCUGGCAGACGAGCUCUACUUGCGGGGACCCUGACCCAAGACCAGACCAGAGCGCUGCGCUUGAAGCUGGUUGCCAAGCUAGACUGGGGGAAUAGAAAGCUCGGCCUAGAACUGGUGCCGCGGCGCGGCGCCGCUGCCGUUGACCCGGAGGACACAAGUCUGGUCGAGCUGUACCGGGUCCACGCGGAGAGCGCCGAGCGAGCUGCGGCGUGGCGUGGAACGUUGCGACGAGCAUGCGGCUCCGGCAGCAGUUUUAACUCUGGGACUCUCACUAACAGUACCAAUAUCACCACACCGCUCGUCCAGUCACACUAUCUCAUGUGCAGCAUGAGGGACUUCGGCCACACUGCUGGUGGUGAUGAGGCAGAACUGUUGCUAUGGUUACACGACGCUAGGAGAGCGCAGCCGCUGUCCGAAAGGUUCAGGGUUCGGAUAGCGAGAGACGGCUUUUCGAACUACGUGGACAGAUUGCACGCUAACAGUACGCUUUUUGCGGAUUUAUCAAGCACAGACCUCUCUCGGGAACUGUGGCUGGUCGCGUGGGUGAUCCGAGUGGGGCGGUGGGCGGGCGCGGGCGGCAGCGGGACGGGGGAGAGGCGAGGGCCUGUCGCGAGGAGGCCUCUAGGCGCCGGCGUGUUGCCGCUCGCGGAGUUCCUAAGACAACCCGAGCCACAGACUAUUGAGAAGGAGUAUACUUUUAAGGUGUAUCAGUGUGAAGAAAAGGACUUCCACCAGUUACACGACAUGCUAAUACGGAAACAAACAAAUAAGUGCAAUAUUUUACCUGGACAACCAAAUUAUGGUAUAGUGGUAGCUCUCAGGCUUCUAACCAACACAGGGAGCAUAUCUGAAGCGGUUGCAUCUGGUGCGACGGUGACAGCUAAACGGGGAUUCCCCGAUGUGAUAAUGCCAGGUGACGUGAGGAACGACCUCUAUCUGACCUUGGAGAGGGCAGAGUUUGAGAGGGGUGGAAAGAGUACUGCGAAGAAUGUCCUCGCGACUGUCAGCGUACACGAUAGUACGGGACUAGUCAUUAAUGAAUGUGUAUGGGGCGCCAGCGGCGUGGGGUCGACGUCGUACGAGUCGCUGGUGCUGUACCACAACAACAGCCCCGCGUGGGGCGAGCAGCUGCGCCUCACCGUGCCGCUGGAGACGUUCACGCACGCGCACGUGCGCAUCGAGUUCCGACAUUGCUCCACACGAGAUAAGAACGAGAGAAAGCUUUUCGGAUUUUCCUUCGCGCGGCUCAUGGAGGCGAGCGGCGCAACGCUAAGGGACGGGGCGCACGAUCUAUACGUCUACAAAUGCGAUGAUCCAUCCAAAUUACUGUCAGCCAGUUACCUGUGUCUGCCGUCGUGCGCCAGCGACACGGCCCGACCGGCCGCCACUAACGGAGUACUCGCCACAUUCCAAAGAAGCACCAAAGAAAACUGUAUUAUUAGUACUUUACUAUGUUCCACUAAGCUUACUCAAAAUGAGGACCUACUGGCACUAUUGCAAUGGCGAGCGAGGCCGGAGAAGGUGCAAGAGACGCUGCUCCGCGUGCUGCGACUCGGUGACGGUCUGAGCUGCGAGGAGCUGAUCAAGUUCCUGCGCGACGUGCUCGACGCGCUGUUCGCGCUCUUCUCCACUGAAGAUGGCAACAGUACUCCACAUUCCGGAACAGUGUUUCUCGUGCUGGUCUCCAUCUGCAGUCUGUUGGACGAGACUCGGUUUCAACACUUUCGACCUGUUUUGGACGUUUACAUUGAGGAACAUUUCUCAGCUGCUCUUGUAUACAAAGGCCUGCUAUCCUCGGUGCAGCACUGCGCAGAAUGGGCAGCGGGCGCAGAGGGCCAGGAGCCGAUACGCAAAUGUCUGCGCUCCUUAGGCGCCGUGUUCCGGCUGGCCGUGCGCUCGCGGUGCUUGUUCGCGCGCGCCACCGGCGGCCAGUACGAGGACAGCUUCCGCAGAGACGUCCGCGCGGCGCUGCACGCUCUCAAAGCGUUGGCUCAACACCCGCAUAGGGAACAUUUGGCGCCUGCUCAAGUGGCACUAAUGACGUCAUGGGCCAGCGUAGCCAAGGAGGUGGCAGCAGCGUUGGGGCCCGUGGAGGCGGGGCGUAUAACGGCGGCCAUGUUGGACGCGCCCGCCGCCAACGCACCACCAGCGUUGGCCAAGGCGAGACUGCAAGCCGCACAGGACAUACUAAACGGACCACUUGGUCAAGACCCUGAAGCGCGAAAUAUCGUCCUAACAACCGCGUGUCACCAUCUACGCGUGCACCUCGCUCGUAGAGACGAACUGUCCCAAUGCGCGGACAUGCUGGGCGAGCUGGUGACUCUCCUGUGGAAGAAGGAGGACCCUGACCAGCCGGUGGACGAUGAUGAACUGGAUCCGGACGUCGACGUGCUCUGUCUCAACACGUUGGAUGUGCUGGUUGAGAUUGUGCUGCAUCUAAUUGGCGGGAAUUCGCCUGUGCUGGGUUCAAUGGUGGCAGCUCUUCUUGGAGUCAUGGAGCUACUGAAGCCGGCGCACUACCAGCGACUGUGGAGCCACCUGGCGCCGCAUCCGCACGACCGGAAACCGCUGAAGGACUUCCUGAUGAGAGCUUUUCUGGUGUUCAGACAUUUGAUUGAACAGGAUGUAUUUCCUUCCGACUGGAUGGUAUUAAGAGUGCAAAGCUGUAAAGUGUUGUUGUCGGCAUUACAAGAUUUGGCGAAGCCGUUGUUGGAACGAUUCUUAGGAGACGAACCGCCCCAGUUUGAUUCCCAGUUAUGGUCGGGUUACUUGGAGCUGGGUGUGGCGCUAGUGACCGCGAGCGCGCUGCAGGCGGAGCGGUGGGCGCGCGGACCAGAGCGCGCUAGUAUGCGGGCCGCCGCUGCCCUGCAUCUACUCGCUGUGUGGACUAGAUUAGGUACAUUGUCAGGACCGGCACAACUGCAGUUAAUAGGACCGGCGGUAGGGGCCCUCCUUGAAGUGACCCUCGUGCCCGAACUGCGGAGGGCAGCUUUAGGUGCGUUAGUGGCGUUGAUGGCAGCUGAAAGAGCUGCAACGGGUUCAGCCAGACGAACCGAAGCGGCGUUGGUUGACAAGCUGGACUCCUUGGUCGCUGACAAUAAAGCUGACGAUCAUUAUCGGAGACUUUUUGAUACUGUUCUCAUGGAGCGCGUGUCGACCGAGGGGUGGCGCGAGGCGGGCGCGGCGUUCGUGGGCUGCGUGACGCGCCUGCUGGAGCGCCUGCUGGACUACCGCGCGGUGAUGCAGGGCGCCGAGCACCGCGACAAGCGCAUGGCUGCCACUGUCAACCUUUUGAACUUCUACAAAAACGAGAUCGAUCGCAAGGAGAUGUAUUUACGUUAUGUGUACAAAUUGCACGACCUUCACAUAGCGUCCGAUAACUGGGUAGAAGCUGGAUGUACUCUUUUGCUUUAUGCCGAAUCUUUGAAUUGGGACAGCGAUCAAGUCGGGGUUGAUCCGGAACACCCCGAGGCUGUGGAAUGGAAGCGAAAAGAGGCCCUUUACAACCAAGUGCUGCAAUAUUUUGAUCGUGGAAAGUGUUGGGAGAAAGGUCUCCCGCUACUUCGCGAACUGGCAACACUGUAUGAAGUGAAGCUGUGCGACUACGCGCGCCUGGCGCACUGUCUGCGCAUGCACGCGACUUUCCUCGACUCUGUGAUGGACCAACUGAGACUCGAACCCGAAUACUUCAGAGUGGGAUUCUAUGGAAAAGGCUGUCCUUUGUUUGUAAGGAACAAACAGUUCGUGUAUCGCGGCCAAGACUACGAACGCAUUGGUGCGUUCACGCAGCGCCUGCAGUCCGAGUACGUGUCGGCGCACAUACUGAUGCGGAACACGCCGCCCGACGACUCCAUCAUUGCUGCGGACGGACAGUACAUUCAGAUCUGCAAUGUGAAACCAGUAGCGUCCCGGCGCUCGUGGCCGUCGGGCGCGCCGGAGCAAGUGAAGCGCUUCUACGCGUGCAACGACGUCGACACAUUCCUCUGCGACCGGCCGCUGCAGAAGCCGCCCAUCGAUAAAGACAACGAGUUCAAGAGUUUAUGGAUAGAACGAACAACUUUAGUGACAGAGAAUACGCUACCGGGAAUAUUGAGAUGGUCUGAAGUCGUGUCUAGAUCUAUGGAAGAAAUACCACCAGUCGAAUUCGCCUGCGAAACUAUGGAAGCAACGGAACGAGAACUCCGCAGCCUUAUAUCCCAGUACACUGCAGAUCCUACGCAGAACAUCAAUCCGUUCUCAAUGCGACUCCAAGGCACCAUAGACGCUAACGUGCAAGGCGGCAUUACGAAAUACGAACAAGCGUUCCUUACUGCCGAGUUCAGUAGGAACGCCACUCCCAGAGAAGCGGCCGCCGCGGCCAAGUUACGGAGGUUGAUUGCCUCCCAACUGGCUGUAGUGGAGGCGGGACUCACUCUACAUGGUCGGUUAGCGCCGGAGGAAGUCAAGCCUUUACAUAGGCGACUAGUGGAACGGUUCACUCAACUGAGGCAGAAUCUCGGACCAGGUCUGGCGCGUGCUCGGCGCCAGCUAUCGGAAAGUAUUGUCAACACACCAUUGCCUCCUGUCCCAGCAUUGGACAAGCGAUCGCUUAGCAUGCAGCAAAGUGAUGGAUAUUACGAGGAAGGCCAUCUGUACAACAAACCCAUUUAUUCUCUGGAAGACACACUAGAUCAGCAGAGCAUCAUGUCGAGCAGCCUGCCUGUCGCCGACAACAGAGACUGUCCCGAAGACAACUCCAUGAUCAAGUCUGCGCCUCCGCUGCCUUGCCGACCCAAGUCUGGGGACCCGAGGAGUCCCACCCGACCGCCAUUGGAAAAGUACAGAGAGGUAGUGGAUGAAGAAGUGGAGACUCGUCGUCACAGCCGCGCGUCGUGGAGUGAACCUGGCGAUGCUCCUCCCUUGCCACCGCGUGUCUCUGGAGACAAGCGGUCGUGGGGCGAAGCGCCGGCGGUGCCGCGGCGCGCAGGUCGGGGGGCGUGCGAGGAGCGCGACUCGGGCGUCAGUGUCGACGCGCACCACUACACCAACGCGGACGACCACCGGCAAAACCACGAUUUGGAGCUAGUGGAAUCUCUCCGCUACGAGGAGAUAAUCUCAAUGAUGUCGUCGCCUCUGCGUGUGGAUGAGGGCGACACGCCGCCGCCCAUCCCGCCCAAGGGGCUCGGCCACCUCAGCAGCUUCGACUCCGGCCACCACGAGAACGGCGAGUCGCAUUGCUAACAGCUACCCGCGAGCGACCACCGGUGCGACCACCGGCGCGACCACUGGUGCAAGGGUACACUGACACAAUACUUUGUGUUGGACUUUUGAUUGUUUUACUGCAUUAAAACAAAUCUUAAUCUCAUCCCGCCUGAGAAGCUCGGUCACUUCGAUGAGUCCCAUUGCUUACUAGUCGCGAGUCGUCACUUUAGAGACGACUGGGUCACGGGUUGAUAUUGACGCAAUACUUUGUGUUUGACUUUUAAUUAUUUUAUUCUAAAUCAAGUGUCAGUUCCAUCCCGCCCAAGGGGCUCGGUCACAUUAGCAGCUUCGACUCUGACCACCACGAGAACGGCGAGUCGCAUUGCUAACAGCUACCCGCGAGCGACCACCGGCGCGACCACUGGCGCAAGGGUACACUGACGCAAUACUUUGUGUUCUCAUCCCAUCUGAGUAGUUUGGCCACUACGAUAAGUUCCAUUGCUAACUAAUCCCGAGUCGUCACCUUAGAGACGGAUUAAGGGUGCACUGAUGCAAUGCUUUGUAUUAGACUUUUAAUUAUUUUAUUGUAUUAAAUCAAGUCCUAGUACCGUCCUGCCUGCCAACGGGUCUCGGCUACCUUACCAGCUUCUACCACGAGAAUGGCGAGUCGCAUAUCAAACAAUUACCCGCGAGCGACCACCGGUGCGACCACCUUUGCGACCAAAAAUAAGGUCUAGCUCAGCAUAUUGCUAUAAGCAAAGAGCAUACAGCGCUGAUUUUCAGCAUUAUUAUUGCAUUGAAUAAAAGCAGGCGUUAUUUUGUGGAUGUUAUAUAUAGUGACUGAUUGAACUGAUUCAUUAUCUGAUAAAAACUAAUGAAUCCAAACAACAAUGUCACCUAGAUCAGGAAAUUCUAGAACAUUGAAUCCAGAAACUGAUACAUUUUCAGAUGUUGACUUUAGAAUGGUCCAAUGCAAUGAACUUUGAGUCAACAUAUGUGGGUGCUUUGAUUUCAUUUGAUUUUAUUUUUAUGGAUAAUAGCAAAAUAAAUCAAUUAUAGUGUUUUCAGAGAUAGUCGCUAGUAGUAGUUCAUAAUACGUAGGUACUAUUACCGUGAAUCGCAGUAAACUUCCAAGAGUGAAACGAACUGAACGCGCACCAUCCAUCCAUGAAACGAACUUAUUGAUUUAAUGGCAUUAAAUUAAGUCCCAAUUUCAUCUUGUCUGUGGGCUGGGCUAAUAUAACUGAAUAUAAAUAAAUAACUUUUGUUUAAUUUGUCUUAUCUAGCAACAGAGUUUUUAAAACAACUAUUAUCUUAAAACUCGAAUUUGUAAACUGGGACAGAGGAGUUUCAUUCAACCGUUCUUGUGGGUGUAUCAUAAUUUUACUGAUUCGUUCCAAUUAUUAUACAUUAAUCAUUGGCCAAUCGACGUCCACUGCUGAGGUAGGGCUUCUAAAGAAAUUCGUAUUUCACUUUCUCGAGCCGCUAGCAGCCUACAACCUUUUUAAUACCACCAUUCCACCUAGUGGGGGGUCGACCAACAUUCAGGUGUGGGGUCGCCAUUCUAGCACCUUACCAUUCUUCUAACUUUUUCUUUCUUCUUAGACAAAUAUUGUGUCAGUGUGCCAGGAAAGUUUUACCUUUAGUAUCCUCACGAUGUAUGUUUUUUUAUUAGUUGAAUUACAUAUAAUUUUUAUAAGUACAAGAAAGUACGCAAAUAGUAGCAUAUAUUUUUAUAGUUGUAGACAAGAUUUUGUUUAGAUGAACGUGAUUUAUUAUUCCUUACUGACUUCCCAAAUAUCUAACGUUCACUGUCUAUAUAUCUUGACUUCUAAUUAAAAGAAUGUGUUUAAAGAAAAGAGUAUUACCGUAUGUCCAUUGGUUUACUGAUUUUUGUAUUUGUGAACUGUUUUUGCAUGGCACCUCGAUUUAUUCAUACAAUGCGCUUUUGCGCACAAAUGUGAUUUUCAUUUUGAGACACAUUUUGAUCGUGUGGGAGUUAACCGGGGAUUUUUGGGCGAGCGCAAAAAAUAGACGUUUUUUUGCGGCCGAAGGCAGAAGCAGAAGAGAUGAUCGGAACGACUUCUAUGAGUGUUUCCUCUGAAACUUAGACCUCGGGUUAGAGGGUCGUUUUGGCCUGGGUGUAUCAGUCCUGACGCCUAAGAAAUCGUGAGUUAAAAAGCUCACGCCCAGGUGACGUCAUAAAUCGGGGUUCUUGUUAGUUUUAAUUGUGACGUUACUUUCAUAAACGCUACAAGCACAUUUCCUGAAAGUGUUGAGGUGCCAAUAAUAAAAUUACAUAUGUACAAUCUUGUUGAUAUAUCCCAAGUGACAAAUGAUUCCUUACUUGUGCUUUCAACAUCAUGGGUGUGUGGAAGAAAUGGUGUAAUAGACAGUGAAUGUUUAAAGAUAGGAAGCUAUUUAGAAGUCUAGGUGACGUAUUACGCAUAACAAUCAUUCUCUAAUUUGCUGAAUACAGAAAAAAACUAGUGCGAGAAAAAUGCAUUUUCCUAGUUCGAACAUUAUAAACAAUGAUACGGAAAAGACUAUAAACAAUGAUACGGUACGCGUCUAACUUCUAGUCCGCUUUGACUAUGCAUUAACUUUGCAUCUAUUAUAGUCCCGCUGAGAUAUAUUUAUUCGUGUUUUGCGCAGUCUUAGACAUAGACGUCGUAGGACUCGAAGUUUGAGACUAUACUGAAUUAUUUUGUAAAUAGUCUUUUCUGUUUUAUGACUUGUUACAAACGCCUGCCGAGUUCAGUGUAGCAAGAUAUUUAAUAAGGAACAUUGCUAUAACAAUUAUCGCAGGCAAAGUAGAAAUAACAGCUACAUUGUUUUGCGCGUUAAAUGCAUAUCAUUUCAUUAUUUAGUACCUAGAGUAAGAUAUUGUUAGGAUAUAGAUUGACGAAUUGAUUAUUUUAUUUUUAUAUGAGAUAUAAUUUUUUCAUGCAUUUAGUUUUACAUCGGGGCCAUAUAACAGGUGAUAAAUGUUUUUUAUAAGUAGACAACGGCAGCCAAAACAUUACGAAAAAUGACAAGGAUCAUGUGAAUCAAUAACUACAACGUAUAACAUAUAGCGUUGGUGCUUUCUAAAUAUAUAAUGUUAGAGUAAGGCUUGUGCCCCAUUAGUGUAUUGCGUUUCGUUGCGUCGAUGCAGCGCCGUUUUCCAUAGAUUUUAAAUGAUAUGCCACAUUAAAAUGUUGACACGUUUCAUCGGAUUGCCGGAGCUCUGCCGUACCAUGACAAAACACUGUAUCUAAAAAACACCAAUUGAUGAGAAAUCGCAGUUCUUUGUUUUAUGUCCCCUACUAUUUCCUGGAAAUACUAUUAAUGCAUUUCUUGGGGCAUUUUGCGUCUUGAAAAAAUAUCAGUAUGUAAAACUACGUGCGGGGAACUCACAUUUAGAUGUUACCACAAAAUACUGUGGCUGAAACUAUAGUGAAAUGUCACUGCACGGCACAGCAGCUCCGGUGCGACGACAGAGUGCUACAGUAUAAAACAUUUGUUGUAUGCAUCGUUGAGACCGAUUGGAUGUGCGCGUCGUCCUCUUGCACUGCGACGUCGUGCGUCAAUUCACCGCAGGUGUGGCAUACAAUACGUAGAUCCGUUGCGAUGCAACGCAUCCCACUAAUGAGACAUCACCCUAAUAUAAAUCAAUUGCUUAAAAUCGUCGGUUGUAGCAAAAGCUUUACCUAAUACGUACGCGACAUAAAACCUUCACUCUAACAUUAGUGUUUUGAAGAUAUUACAGUCUUCAGCGUAUACUAAGGAAGUCUAAUUCCUUAUGAUAUUACGCUGUAGACUGUAAUAUCAUUAAAUUCGGCAGUAAAUAUGAUUUUUUUUAUUAAAAUUUCUCGCAUUUCAUUUCAUUGACGAGAUAUAUUUUUGACUUCAAUAUAUUGUGGUGUUUUAAUUAAAAUAAUUGAAAUCAGUGAUAAUUAUGUGUCAAAUUAUUAAAAUUUUAUUUUCGUAAAAGCAACUUGUUUAUAUUAUUGUUUUUUUUUCAUUAUCAAAUUAAAUUAAAACAUUUUCCAUUUACUCGGUUUAUUUAUUUAGGAAUUUGAUAUUUUUUAAGUCUAUUAUGAAUUUAACGUGUCGUAGAUAUUUAAUAUUUUAAAAUGCAAAGUAGUUUUAUUUUUUUUAUAUAUAUAUUUACAAACACAAGCUUUUUUGCGAGUGUUAAUUUUUGAUAACAAUAUGUUUUGUAUCUUAUUGCUCAAAAUGAUUUGAUACUUCGCGCAAAGAUUGAUAUUUAAGAAUCUAUAGUAAAACAAGAUUUUUUGUGUCACCAGUGGCGUGCUAGGGUUUGUAGCCAGGGUAUGCAUUAGGCAGAAAAAUAUGAAAAACAUUACUGGAUGUUCAAUAAAAGUCUUAAUAGCCUAAGAGCUUGUAAAUCCCAACCCUUCGUCAUUUUAUAAAAGCUGUAAGUUUGUCAGCUCAUGCUCCUACCAUAAGUAAGUACGGUAGCCAAUUAUGGAGUUUGGACCGUGAUGCCUUUGGCAGGUAUCAGGUUUUAAGAAUUUAGUACCUCAACCAUCUAAGUAUACCUAAAGUGUAUUUUUUUUAUGUUUUCCUCGGCAUAAUGAGAAAUUAUAUUCCCAGUCGCUUGUCACUUAGCUAAGCGGCAACCCUUCGUAAAACACAAUUUAUUUUAAAACUUCAAGGGUAGCAAAAGGUUGCUAUUAAGCCAAGUGUCUGGCGAAUAGGGAUCAUUUCUCAUAUUACAACGAUAAAAAUAUAAAAAAAUAUAAACAUUAGUGGUUGAGGGUCUGGAUCCUUGAAACCUGCUAUCUCCCAAAGCCACUACAGUCCAAACUCCAUAGUUGGAUACGUUUCUCAUCUAUAGUAGGAGCAUGACAAACUUUCAUCAUCUAUAAUAAAAUGACGAAGGUCUAGCUGUCGCUGGCUCUCAGUCUAUAAGAUUAAGGCACUACCUUAUGCUUAUAUGAAAUUCACGCCGUUCACAAAUUAUUGAAUAAGACAAUUAGCACAGGUUUUAAGUUGUUUCAAACUUCCUAAUUUUGAUAUGAGAGGUUUCAAAUACAUGGCUACAGCAUCCUAUCUUAAAUAUGUUUUGAUAUCCACGUUGUGAGUAGGGUUCAUUUACACCAGCAGCACGUGGUCAACGGCAGCUGGCAACUGCUACCGACGACUGCAGUACAUAGGCGUAUAUAGCGGGUGGGCCGAGCCCACCCUAGAAUAGUCCAGUGCCCACCUUAGGAUACUGAGCUAUCGAUUUGAAAUUCUUCACAAAAUAUCAUAUUAAAUAUCAAAUAAUAACAAUUACAACAUAUAAUAAAAAAAAACCUACAAGCAAUAAAGAUUUUGAAAAAUAUAUUAUGACCUUUUCUAUAUCUACCAUAGAUAAAAUAAUAAUAAUAAUAAAUAACCCACAAAUAUUGCUAACGAAAUGUUUAUAUUGAGUGUCGGCUCUGUUCAGUGAUUAUAGGCCCACCCAGGCCCACCUCAGGAAAUAAUCCUAGAUACGCCAAUGCUGCAGUAGACUGCCGCCGAGACGUCGCCGACCGCAGUCGGUAGCAGUUGCUGCUCCUGUAAAUUAACCCUUUAUUUAUAUCAUGAACUUCUUCAAUGAAGUUAAACGUUAUUUAAAUAUUGUAAAUAAUCGACAUACCGUGAGAAUAAUUAUUUCACCAAAAACAAAAUUGAAUUUUUCAGUGUAUUUAUUGAAUAUUUUUAAUCCAGUUUUAUAAUAUGCAGUCUUUGCUAUAAGGGUUUCAUAUUUUUAAUACCAGUACAAUUUAUUUGCAACUAUAAAUGAAUGAAGUAUAAUUAAUAUCAGUGCAAUUUUUAUUAAUUAAGAUUUUUAAAUAUAUUUCAUUACUAUUGUUGUAACUUUAUCACAUAGUAUUCUGUUAGCAGCCAUUUUUGAUGCAGUACUAUUUUUUUUUUUUUCGAAAUAUGACUUUACUCGUAACUCUAUGAUCUCUUUGUAUGAAAUUGCAAAUUUGUUUUAACACAAUAUUGUAUUUUUGUAUUUCACACAAAGUAUUAGGUACAUAAAAACUACUUUUUCGACUUCUAAGAUAAGAUAUUUUGUAAUGAAUUACUAUAGCAAAGCAAUCGCAAAUGUUCGUGGUAGUCUCGUAAAUAAGACGUUGACUGCGUACUCCUACGUACGUACUACGUAGUGUUUCGUAACGAUACGAGAUAACGUAACCAAAAUUGUUAAUUGAGUGUACCACAUCAUCAUCAACCCAUAUUCGGCUCACUGCUGAGCACGAGUCUCCUAUCAGAAUUAGAGAGAUUAGGCCACCACGCUGGCUCAAUGCGGAUUGGCAGACUUCACACACGCAGAUAAUUAAGAAAAUUCUGAAUUAUGGAGGAUUUUCCUUCACCGUUUGAGAUAUGUGAUAAUUAAUUUCUUAAAGUGUACAUAACUGAAAAGUUGUAGGUGCAUAUCCCGGACCGGGUUCGAACCUACGCCCUCCAGAAUCGGAGGCAGAGUUCAUAUUCACAAGUUUCCUUUCCUCAUUCUGAGGAAUGAGAGGGGAAACUUCACGCUUUAAUAUUUUUUCUUGUAAUGAAAAUUUAGCGCCUCCCAUAAAUUUUUACCAGCAACUUUGUAAAUACAAAGAAUAGACACAAGUUUUAUACCAAUUUACAAACCUCGACAAGUGCACAAGUUUUUAAAAUGAUGAAACAUUUCAGUUCCAUGCAUUUUUUUACAGGACAACUUUUUUUAAUUGGGUCAUCUUAAUGACAGAAAAAUAAUUAUUGCAUUCAAAGCUUAUUGUAAAAAACAAAUAAAACAGUAUUUACUAUUUACAUAAGUAGUAUUACAGUGCAUUGAUAAUUUAAUUCGUAAUGUUUAUCAAAAAACAAAUCUCCACGAUCGUAAUUCCAGCAGCUAAAGCUUUAAAAAAACCGAUUCUAAAUAGCAAAUUUUGAAAAAUCCGAAAAAAAUAUAACUAGGGUACCCUACGGAUUUUUGGAAAACUAUUCAAAUUAGUUUUAGAUAAUUAAGUGGUGUAUCUACCAUUUGCGUUUUUUCCAUUAACUAGCUGACCGCGCGCGGUUUCACCCGCAUGGUUCCCGUUCCCUUAGGAAUGCGGGGAUAAAAUAUAGCCUAUAACCUUCCUCGAUAAAUGGGCUAUCUAACAGUGAAAGAAUUUUUCAAAUCGGAUCAGUAGUUCCUGAGAUUAGCGCGUUCAAUCAAACAAACAAACUCUUCAGCUUUAUAAUAUUAGUAUAGAUUACGGGACACACUAUAUGAAAAAAAAAACGCAUUGACCAAAUAAAGGUCUCCAUAAAGCUGCUAAUCCGAACUAUUGAUAAUAGCCAGCGAGACCGCAAUAUCGUCGAAGCUUGUCUCACGUUUGAUGACCGGGAGUGCCACGACUUUUGCGUUUACUUUCACAUAGAAUAAGGGUUCGAUUAUUCCAGAUGUUGUCUUUCAUACAAGUCUUUCCAAUAACCAAGUGAUAUUUUCAAAUUUACACGUAAACUUUUUAAAAUUUUUACUUAAAAUGGAUAUUAAAUUAUGAUAAAGGUGAUAAUGUCACAUUUCCAACGAUCAAUUUAUUGUUUUAAGCCAUUAUAUUUAAUGUUUACUCGUAUUAACCUAAUAUUAACUAUCAUUAGGGCUUGUUUACAUUUGUAUUUUAAUCGUGUUGAUGGAGUUGUGAGGAUAUGACACUAUUUGGAAAUUUCAAAAAUGUAUAAAUAUUAAAUAAGUACAUAAUCGUGACCCAAAUACUAGAAGGGAGUGAACUUUUUUGAUUUGUUCAAAAUUUACAUAUAAAAAUAAGUAAAUGAAUACCACAUUAUAUUUUGUUCCUAAUAGGAUAUAUAAAUUUGAUUUUUUAACUAUCUGAUGCAACGCGGUUUUACCCGCGUGGUUCCUGUUCCUGUAGGAAUACGGGGAUAAUAUAUCCCCGAUAAAUGGGCUAUGUAACACUGAAAGAAUUUUCCAAAUCGGACCAGUAGUUCCUGAGAUUAGCGCGUUCAAACAAACAAACAAACAAUCUCUUCAGCUCUAUAAUAUUAGUAUAGAUUAUUUUUCACUACUUUGAGAUUUAUGUUUUUCUGUAUAUUAUGUAUUUAUGGUCUCAUUGUUUAGCACUCAACAGCCUAAACCUAUUAACGGAUUUCAAAAUAUGUAUCCUAAGAUUAAUUUCAAUUGCGGUAGUAUUUUUAACCGACUUCAAAAAAGAGGAGGUUCUCUAGUUGAUUAAUAUGUUUUAUUUAUUUAUUUUUUAUGUUUCCAAUUACCCGAAGAUCCCUCAACCGAUAUGGAAUUUUUUUUUUCGGAUUUCCAGACGUUAUUUUACGAUAUCUUUAUAUUAUUUAUUUAUUUAAUUAAAGUAUAAUUUAAAUAUUAUUAUUCCAAAUAGUGUCUCACUGAACAACAGUGUUGAGUUACCUAAGCAUCUAUAAUUUCGACUGAUAACAAUUAUUAUGCUAUAGUUAAUUAUAUUAUAUAGUUUUCAUUGUAACUAUCGUAAUGUAAGCGUUCCGUGAAUAGCGAUUUUCACUAGUUUUAGUCGAUGAAAAAAAAAACAAUACGAUUUAAAAUGUAACGUGUAAUCCUACCAAAAAUUUUUUCGACUAUUUUUAUAUUGUAUUAUCUCAAAUGGAAUUGUAUAUUGAAUAAAUAAUUAAUUAAUUGUUUAUUUAUUUCGUCAUUACAUAAUUAUGAUGUUAAUAAAAAAAAAAUAAUGCAUGGCUCAAAUGUACUCCGCUGUAUGUGAAUUUUUUGUAACGUAUUGUCAGUGAACUAAGAAUAUGUAUAGUACGCGGCAUAUAAGUUGAAUACAUACAGCUACACAUUUUCGGGUGUUAGUGAUUUGCAGCCAUAGCAACACAUUCUGACGCGGGACAUUAUGAUGAUCGCGUACGAAAUUUCUAAUUAUUUGACAUCGUUAAUUUACUACUCAGUGGUUGCGCACUCGUCCAACAAUUUGGUUCAACUUACUUGCCGGGUUCUAUACCUACUAAAAUUUGUUACCUGACUCCGAUGAAGUCAAAUGCGUUGUGAUUUUACUUUUAACAGUCUUAUGUAUUUAAAGAGUAUUUUCAUGGUUAUUCAAUAUUUCACACAUUUAAUCAAUACCACUAAAUUGUAUAUUGUGUCGAAUGUUAAGGUUUCCCGAACUAUGUUGAGGGCUGCCUGCUAGAAAUUUUAUAUAGGUGGCAUUAUUGAAUUGAGCUAUACCGAAGGUUAGAGUUUUAAGUUAAAUCGAAGCGGGUUAAUUAGAUCGUAUUCUUUCUAAGUCCUUCUAUAGGCCCUGCCUCGCUAAAGAUUACCCCUCAAAACUAUUUGAUCAUGAUCAAACGUUUUCAUACAAACUGCGUCUAUAGAAUCGAUGUUUCAUUGUGUUAAAAUUACAUGUGUGUAUAACGAUUUAAAAUUUAUAGUUGUGUGUAGUGUAAGGACACAGGAUAUAUUUAUUGGUGUUAAUUUCGAUGUGUGAGUUUACCUUGUCCCCCUCAAAAAACGACAGACAAUUUUGUUGGUGAAUUUGAGUGCGAUACAAGUCCUAUCGAAGGUAAUUAGUACAUGGAUUGUAAUGCAUUGUGUGACUUCUAGUCUCCGCGCCACGAAACAAGUCCCGUAGACGUCUAAUGUCUUAUUGCCGUUCAUUGUCAUUUAGUAAUUUUGUCUUUAUUGUCAUUUAUGUAAGGGCGCUGUCAAUUUUAGUUCAGGGUUUAGCCGCGGGACUUCUUUUGUAGCGCAAAGUCUAGUGUCUAGUUCACUGACAAUACUAGAAUAUAAUGUUGGCCGCCAAAAGAAAUCGUUAAGUACAAACCAGAUCGGCUAGAUGUUGUGAGUUGGUCGCUGAAUACCUAGUAUAGUGUAACCGUAUGAAAUUUUAAUCGAAUCGAAAUGUUUAAUGCAAAUGGGCGAAAUAAAUAUUUAGAUGGAAA